AUGGCUGGCGCCGCCCCUCCUCCCGCUGCUGCCGACCGACGCACGCUCCCCGCCCGCGCCCGCGUCGGGCUCCCCCGCUCCCCGCGGCCGCCGCUGGGCGCUGCCCGGCUGCCUGUGAGCCGCCCGGAGCUCGGCCGUGGGGCUGCCUUUCCCGGAGGCGCCGACAGCCUGCCUCUGCCCGCAGCGGCCGGCUCGGUUUACAGCCCAGGCGGAGGUCAGCGUGAUGCCGCUGCUCCAAUCCGGGCGGGCAGCGCGCUGCUAUUCGCCGAGGCGGAGGCGGUGAGGCGUCCGGCCCCAGCCUCCGCCCCUCCCGGGCCCCGCCGCCGCCCGAGGUCUCCCGGAGAGAGAUGGGCCAUUAGUGACUUGAUGACAAAGGCCGGAUCCGACAGGGACUCAGAGCAGCCUCCACCUCUGGAGGCGGAUUUCUCCAUUCACAUGCAGUUGCACAAGAGUCCCCUACUAAAUUUCUGGCUGCUUCACCUCUUGUUCUGAAGGAGACCCUCAUCUGUGCCUCAGCACCCCUGCUCAUUGCUGGCAAGCCUGGCGGUGGGGGGGGGGGCUUUGGCCCCCACACCCAAUGGACUCUGACUCGUCUUGCAAAAUUGAAAACUUCCCAGUGAAAUAAAACCCGACAAAAUGAGAUUCCAGGCUCUGAUAC